AUGUAAAACUAUUAAAAUUCAUCCACUUAUGAAUUAGAGAAUUCAUUUAGUGAGAAAUCAUUCACUGUAGCAAUGGCUAUUAAUUAGGAUAACAAGAUACUGAUUACUUCUUCACUGAAUUAUGGCAAAGCAUUUCAGUUUAAAUGGGGCUCACUCAAAACUAUGAAGUUAUUUUAGACUUAAUAAAGAUACAUCACAAAUAUCAAUUUUUUCAAGAAGAAUUCCUAAUUUGUUACUUGUUCAAUUGAUUCUUCCAUAAUAAUCUGGUCUUCGAUUCUUUUAUCCUUACCAAAAUACUUACAGAAAUUAAACAGUCAUAAACACUCCAUAUACUGCUUAGCAAUACGCCCUAAUGAUGAAAAUCUCAUAAUUUCUGGAGGUGUAGAUUGCACAAUAAAAUUUUUGGUCUAAAAAAUUAUAAUGGUCUUACUAGUAGACAAUUAAAGAGGAGACUGGAUGGAUAAAUGCAUUAUCGAUAAAUUAAGAUGGAAAUUAAUUAAUAAGUUGCUCUUUAAAUUCAUCUAUACUUGUGAUUUGCUAAACAAAUUAAUAACGAUGGAUUGUAAAACAGAAGAUAAUUACCCAAAAAUUUGGGUAUAGACUUAAUUUCAUUCACAAUGA